AAUGGGCAAUGAAAUGGACCGUGUCCCUUCACAUCAUUGAACUACUAUGAAGUAACGUUCACGGCUCUGCGUCAAUGGUAGUGUCGUUGACUUGCCACUGGGCGGCACGAUAACCUCAGCCAGCGUCAAUUCGAGCUGUCACUGACCCGAUAGGGAGGCGGGUUCAAGGCGGUAAACAGUGAGGGGAGGAGCCGGGGAGUUGAGAGCAGGGAGAGGGGAGCGAGGUAGGCAGAGAGAAAAAGCAGAUAGGCUGUUGAAAAUGGAGUGCUCACGGAGAAGGUUUAUCGGAGACUAUUCGAGGGGAUGUAAAAAUGGGAAGACCAGGACAGUUACUCUAAACUCCAAGUAAGGAGCAACUCCGUCGCCUUGACCCUUGGGACCAGUCCGGCCCCCGGGAACGCCAUUAAGAUACUUGGCUUCUGCACAACAUCAAAGUCGGUAAAAGAGAUAAAAGGUGUCUCAGUAUGAGUCGUGAUGGGCGGAGGAAGAGGGAGAAUGAUGACAAUGGCUGGGCAUCCAGAGGAGGUUACAUGGCUGCCAAGGUGUCCAAGCUGGAAGAGCAGUUCAAGUUGGACGCCCCCGGAGAGAAGCAGAAAGGUGUUUCCGGCUCCAGCAUCUUUGCCGGCGUGGCCAUCCAUGUUAACGGCUACACCGACCCCAGUGCGGACGAGCUGCGGCGGCUGAUGAUGAUGCACGGAGGUCAGUUCCACCUCUACUACUCCCGCUCCAAGACCACCCACAUCAUCGCCACCAACCUGCCCAACAGCAAGAUCCAGGAGCUCCGGGACCAGAAGGUGGUGCGGCCUGAGUGGAUCACUGAGAGUGUGAAGGCUGGCCAUCUCCUGUCCUACCUGCAGUUCCAGCUUUAUGCCAAGCAGAAAGGCCUGAGCUUCCCCAGCCUGUGUGUUCCCCCGGGCCAGGAGACCACAGCACCCGGCCGUGUUCUGCCUCCACCCGGCCACCCCCACCCCAGCCUUGGACCCCCCACAUCCAACCUCAGUCACCUAACACCCGGCCACAACAACCCACAAGCCAACCAGACUAACCCCCUAUUGGGUCACCUCAGUCCAGUGUCUGGAUUCAUCAGAACCAUAUCCUCCAACCACCUGUACUCUGACCCGGGACACAUCGCGCCCCACCCACCCGGCCACGUUCAGCCCAAGCCAGGCUGCUUCCGACCCCCUCCACCUGCCUACACCCAGCCACAGACAGCUGGUCCUGUCCUAGCACUCCCCAACCACGAGCACUCUAAACCUGGACACGCAACACUCAUGUCCAACCUGUCCUUUUCAAAUCACCUACAGCACAGCUAUCGGGAGUUGGACUUCAGACUGAACGGGUCACUACUGACAUAUGACAACACAGGGACUAUGCAAAUGAACGGGGCCCGGGAGGGGGGCCCCUGUCUGAUCAGACCCCCAAAGGGGGCGAAGAACCAUCCUGUUACCAAUGGUUUUGCCCUCCCUGUGAAUGGUGCCUUAAAACCUUUGGACCUUUCGCCAACAUGGCCCCAUCCCCCCUCAUCCAACCUUGACGCACCCAAACAUCUCUACAGCCCCCCCAGAGGCCCCAGUUCUCCCACCAUCUCUCACCAUAGAAACCACUUGCAACCAACCAAUGAACAAAGACCCAAGCCCCCUCCGCCGACCUAUCAAGAGGCAACGGCAGCCUCGGCUUCCCGCCCCCUCAAUCUCCCACCUCCCAAGUCCUGUCAGUCAGAUUCCCCACCUGAGAAACCACACACCCCACCCGACCUAAACACCUCCCCUUCCUCUGUCCGUCUGAAUGGCAGUCACCACAAUGCCUUUCCUCCUCACCCUGGUGUUAUGGAAACCAACAGCCUAUCAGCCAAUCCUGUUUCAUCAAACUCCGCCCCCUCGGACAGUGACCACCAGUCGGCAAAGGCGAAGACGGGAGGGAUCAUCUCGGAGUACUACUCUCACUCUCGCCUGCAUCACAUCUCCACGUGGAGAAAUGAGUUCUCUGAGUAUGUCAACACGCUGCAGAGCUCCAGGAGAGCCACCGGGGGCGCCAACUUCCCCGGCAGAGACCGGCUAAGACGCCACAGGAGAGAAGGUGGCCCGGCUGUCCCCGGACCGCAGUCCUGCAUUUUGCAUGUGGACAUGGACUGUUUCUUCGUCUCCGUGGGGAUCAGACACCGGCCAGACCUUAAAGGGAAGCCAGUGGCGGUGACCAGUAACCGAGGUCCUGGCAGAGUGGCCCAGAGGCCUGGUGUUGACCGCCAGCUGGAGAUGCAGUACUACCAGAAGAAAUACUCCCACCUGGCCUCAGACAGGAAGGAUGAGGACCUGGAGGAAAUGACCUCGCCACCUGAAACUGAGAGACACGCAUCCCACGGCAACAACCGUGUUGACACGGCUACCCUCUCCAUGGCCGAGAUCGCCUCCUGUAGCUAUGAGGCCAGGCAGGCGGGGGUGAGGAACGGGAUGUUUUUCGGCCAGGCCAAGCUGCUGUGUCCCUCCCUGCAGUCUGUCCCUUAUGACUUCCAGGCGUAUAAGGAAGUGGCCCUGACCUUGUACAACACCCUGGCCAGUUACACUCAUAGCAUAGAGGCUCUGAGUUGUGAUGAGGCGUUGGUGGAUGGCUCUGCCCUGCUGGCUGAAUUGGGUGUUACACCAGAUGAGUUGGCGAGCGCCAUCCGGGCUGACGUCAAGGAGAGGACAGGGUGCUCGGCGUCCGUGGGCAUGGGAUCCAACAUCCUGCUGGCGAGGAUGGCUACUCGGAAAGCCAAGCCUGAUGGACAGUACCUCCUGAGGCCAGAAGAAGUGGACGACUUCAUAAGGGACCAGACCGUUACCAGCCUGCCAGGUGUGGGUCGUUCUAUGGGUGGUAAACUGGCGUCUCUGGGGGUGAGGUCUUGUGGGGAUCUGCAGCAGGUGACUCUUCAGCGGCUGCAGAAAGAGUUCGGGCCUCGGACCGGGCAGACUCUCUUCAGGUUCUGCCGAGGUCUGGAUGACCGGCCCGUCCGCAGUGAGAAGGAGAGGAAGUCCGUCUCGGCCGAAAUGAACUACAACAUCCGCUUCACACAGGUGGAUGAGGCGGAGUCAUUCCUGACUAACCUGUCCAUGGAGUUAGAGAAGCGUCUGCAGGGGGCGGGGCUUAAGGGUCGCAGGCUGACCCUAAAGGUCAUGGUCCGUAAAGCUGGUGCCCCAUUGGAGCCUUCUAAAUAUGGUGGUCAUGGAAUCUGUGAUAAUCUGGCAAGGUCAGUGACCCUCGCCCAGACAACAGACAGUGGUCAGCUGAUCGCCUGUGAGGUCAUCAAGCUCUUCCACACCAUGAGUCUGGAGGUGCGGGACCUGAGGGGGGUGGGCCUCCAGGUUCAGCUUCUCGAGGGGGCCCAUUCAGACCCCUCAGGACCCAAAAGCCGUUCAAUCAGAGACAUGCUGCUGGCCCCGCGCCCCCCGGCCCAGCAGUCCCCCGCCCAGCCCCGACCCUCAGAUCCGCCACCUGAUGCUCUGGAUUCAACUACCAAUCAGGAGAGGAGAUCGUCUGCCAGAGUCCCGGCUGGCGUCUCCACAACCCGCCCACUUUCACCCGCCGAGCCAAUCCCAGGGACAAGCAAAGGGGAGCCACCACCCACCAUUCACACCCCGACCCGGACACGCCUCAACCUCAGCAUCGAGGUCCCUUCGCCUUCACAGGUGGACCGGUCUGUGCUGGAAGCCUUGCCUGCUGAGUUGAGGGAACAGGUUGAGAGUUCCUGGACCCACAGGGAGACCAUGAGACCCCACUACAGAUCACGCCUUGGCCCUUCCUCCCCUCACCCCUCUCCCCCCCCACCCCCACGCAUGGCCUCCCCCCCUGAAGGUCGGUCUGCAGGAACUCUGGUGCUUCAGAUCCCCAACCAGUCUGGACAGUCCGGAUCCACUGGGAUCAUACUGGAGCUGCCAGACUUCUCCCAGGUGGACCCGGAUGUGUUUGCAGCGCUCCCUCCAGAGCUCCAGGAGGAGCUGCGUUCAGCGUAUGUCCGUCGAGGAACCCAGGAGGUCACGGAACAGAGGAACCCUCUGUUGCAGCUCAAGAAUGUAGCGGCCGGGGUGGGACGUGUGAAGCGCCGCUACAAGAGGAAAAACACCAACACCAGCCCUGCUAAGAAAGGUCCCUCCCCUCUAAAGAGACCCCGCCCACCAGGAAGCAGCCCUGCCAAAGCCCUGCCACACGCGCUUAGACCCCGGGACCUCUCCAACGGCCUCAAGCUGGAGAAUGGACCCUCCACCUCCACCCUGAAACAGGACGCCCUGGAGACACGCUCCAAGAUCACCCUGCGCCCCAGACCCACCCUGGCUGGAGCCUGGGAUUUCACCGACAUCCGAACACUCCUCAGAGAAUGGGUCACUACCAUCUCAGAGCCCAUGGAGGAAGACAUUCUCCAGGUGGUGAAGUACUGCACUGAUCUGAUCGAGGACAAAGACCUGGAGAAACUUGAUCUAGUCAUCAAGUGCAUGAAGAGAUUGAUGCAGCAGUCGGUGGAGUCUGUCUGGUGCAUGGCCUUCGACUUCAUCCUGGACAAUGUUCAGGUGGUGGUGCAACAGACUUAUGGAAGCACACUGAAGAUCACAUAGGAAAGACCUGGCUGCACCUCUGGUUACACCGUGUCAAGGGGGGGGCUGCUCUGUUGGGGUACUAGUUUGAGGAAGAUACCAAACCUCCUUGGGAUCCUGUUCCGUCCGAAAUUCUCUGCACCAGUAAUCUGUUGUCACCUGACCGUUAUUGCAUCAUGAUCCUGUCUGAAGAGCGCCGGGGCAUUCUGACGUCACCACAGUAGCUCUCAAUCGCUAUGACAACCUGACCCGCGUUCUGUCCCAACGCCAUAGAAGCACGUCCGCAGAACCGGGGACUAGACCAGCAGCCGGACCCGUAAACCUGACCCAAAACAUACGGUCCAAACAUCCGUGGGCAGGGGGGAGGGGGCAGGGACCCCAUUGGUCAGGACCUACUGGAACUCUGAGUGAUGGCUGGUUUGGCCACAGGGUCUGGGAAAAUGCCAGUGUGGGACAGACUGCUGCCUAAAUAUGCCACGCAGGGUCCUUGCCACCUCAAAUGUGUAGUUGCCCUCCUGCCUGUUCUGUGGUGUCCAGGAUCAGAAGUAGAAUGAUGGCAGACCUCUACUCCUCCUGAUUCUAUUUCUGUACUUUCUUGUUUUUGUUAGUAAUUUUGUUACUCCAAGCUCUGUCACGGAAGCCACAGAAGUAUCUGCAAACUGACACGGUAGCAAGAAACAGCUAAAAUACCUGGUUGAGGGGUGGUCUUCGGUUUGUUUUGAAAAUAUACUUUUAUACUUUUCCUCUGCAAAAAAAAAGAAAGUGCCGAACGUCGUUAUAGCAUGUAAAUAGUGUUUUCAACUCCGCCUCAAAAGAAAAAGCUUGUUUCUUUGUAGAUGUUUUUGUUUUCUCUUGUAUUGUUUACAAGUACUGUUCUGUUAACUGUUGUUAGUGCUCUUUCAUCAUGGCUAGGUGUGUGUGUGUGCCUGAGUGUGCAUGUGCCUGUGCACUCAAAUUGCUAUUAAAGUGAGGUCCUUCUAGCCAGCCCUUGCAUUGACAAUAUUUUUUUUAGGUUAGGGUUAAGUUUUGCGAUAAAAGUAGGUUAUUGAGGUUAAGAUUCAGGUUGGGUCAAGGUUCGGGUCAGGUUUUGUAGUGGUUCCCAACCAGGGGUACUAGGACACCUGGGAGUACUAGGCUUCUCCACAAGGGGGCACUUGAGAACAUUAAUGACACCAUAGGCUUGCUAGUAAGCCUUAAUAUGAGGGGGUACUCCAGGGUUACUCUUGUUGAGAGGACAGUAACUGAAAACGGUUGGGAACCACUUAGAGCAAGUCUUAUAUGUGGGGUUAAAGGCUAGAGGAUGUAGGGAAAAUAGUUUUAUUAAAGGAUACUACUUCUCCGGUCCUCACUUCAAAUGCAAUUCUGUGUGUGUGUGUGUGUGUGUGUGUGUGUGAGUGUGUGGAGACCAGAAGCUGGCCAAAGCCCUUACUUUACUAUUUUUAUGCAACUUCUUUUUGGUUAGCUAAGACGCAAAAUCACAAUGGUCAAAACGUCCCUCCUCCCCUUCAUCCGCUCUGGUGAAGAAAUAUGGGGGAAGGCAAAACCGUGUCUUUGGAUAGUUGCAGAUUUAUUCAUACAGGGGGGGGGGGGAGGCGGCAUUUCAGACAGUUUCCUGAUUCACCCGGACUGACCUUUAUGCUGUCACUGCUUUCUAUCAGAAGAAAUUAUUAUACACAGUGUCACACUUGUGACAUGACGGUUAUACCAAGUUACUGGGAAUGUUCCCCUGCUCAUUCGUUGCCUAGCAGACAGAACCACCUUUGAUCGGUAUUUUUACUUUCAAAUAAUUUAUCAUAAGCUCUUAGGCUGCGCAACUGACAGGAGUCAGUGCCUAAAUUCUCUUACUGGCACUUGAACCAACAACCCAAUGUAGAUAUGAAUAAACUACAUAUAGCAAUUAUGAUAACCUGGCAAGCAACUACUGAGCAGGGAAAUGCAACCAGAAACAAAAUAACUGACAGUUUUGUUCUCUUUAUGACAUCAACAGUUAUAGACAUGGUGGAUUUGAAAUGGCUUCUGGACCCAAUUUGUGAUCAUAUAACAGUUGGUGUUCUAGUGAAUGUAGUUCUGGACGUGAGAGGCAGACGGACAUCCUUUUGUUUUGGGUUUAUGGUUAAUCAUCAUUAAAAUGUUGAUGCUGUGGUCUCUGAGUGACUGUAAAAUACUCACCAAUCCUCAUCCGCCAUAACUCUACAAAAGGGAAGGGCCAGAAGGAAGUAUCUCAUUGGUCAGUGUACCUGUCCAAUGACUGACCUGUGCCUGAAGACCUGAAGCUGUGACUUCAUUUGUAUGUUUUCUAAGAACUUGAUAAUAAACUUGGAACUUCUUGAUUGAAAUUACA